AUGGAGUUUACCGACGUGCUGGGGCAGUCGCUGGCGCAGUGGUCGCCGAAUGCAAAGUACGUAGCGGCUGCAGACAAGAAUCGGGUGCUAGUGCGCGAGCCUGACUCCCUGAAGCUUGUCCAAGCAUACAUCUGCAUUGACAAAGUCGAAAGGAUCGAAUGGUCACCAGAUUCGCAGUUUUUGCUGACGCAGGUGGCCAGACAGGGCCUGCUGCAGAUUUGGAGCCUCAGGGACAGCGAGUGGACAUGCCGAAUCUACGAAGGCCUGGCAGGCAUCGCCCAUGCACGCUGGGGACCUGCAGCUGACCUGGUGCUCGUCGCAGUGGACUUCCAGCUCUAUCUGUCGAUUUGGCCACUGCAGGAGGGCGCUAGUGCAGUACAGAUCCGCUUUCCGAAGUUUUCACGUCGUGGCUUCGCCUUCAGCCGCGACCGAUGCUGGCUGGCAGUUCUUCGGAGGAAGGAUUGCAAGGAUCGUCUCGGCAUCUACAACAGCCAAGAGAGCUUCUCUCGGCUUACUGAUGCUGCUCUUGCUGGGGAUGCUUCAGAUCUAGCUUGGGCACCAGAUGACAACACGAUUCUUGUUUGGGAGCGUCCAGCGUCAACGCCUUGGUGCCGGAUGUAUUCUUUGGCGGGUGAAUGUCUGGCGCAGGUUGGAGAUGCCUUGCCAAGGUCCGUGGCUCCUUCGCCCUCUACGCAGCUACUGGCUUCUUUGGGCUUGGAUGGACAGCUGCAGCUGGUCAGUGCCGUGAGCCGCCACAUCCUUACCAGUUUGGCGCACAACCUGGCGGAAGCCACAGUGCAGUGUGAGGAUGGCGAGGUAUUCCUGUGGGAGGAAUAUGUGGAGCUCACAGAUGGUGUUCCAGUUGGGAAGCACAGGUACAAGAAGAUUCAGGACCCGGGAAGCUUCCUGGAGGAGAAGCCAGUGCCGGAGGCUUUGGAUGCGGAAGGCAUCCCCAGGCAGGGCAUCACUGUGGCUGCUUGGAGCCCAGACGAGCGCUUCCUGGCCACCAAGCACGAGUCCUUCCCCAGUUGCCGCAAAUGGCAGGCUCUUGCUGUGCUCAUGUGUCAGGUGUGGUGUGGAUUUGGGAUCUUGGGCGGCUGGUGCUACAUUCCGUGCUGA